CGGAUAUAUUUUAUUUUUGCGUAUUUAAAUUUAUUCGAUUUCCGUACAAUAAUAGAAAAUCACUAUUAUUGUUAUUUAAGAAUCUGAGCAUAUUUAAAUCGCUUCAUUUUCUUAGGCAUAAUGGUCAGCCUAGCUCAUUCUUAUAUAUAUAUUUUUUUUUUUUUUCAGUCUUCUUCGGUAUAUCAACUUUCAGAUAUAAAACACUGUCUCGAAUGUUGCCAAUGCCUGAAAAGUUGCCAAUGCCUGACAUGUUGUCAACGCCUGACAAAAGACAGUAAGUAUUGAAUAAGAAUUAUGCUUGAAUUCAUUUUCUUUUUCAUCGUCUCUAGCUAACUGAAGAAAAGAUGCAUUUUACAACAAAUUAAAGAUGUAAGGAUUUUGCUGUUACCAGCACAUCAAAUGAGGACAGCUAACAUUAUAAAAACCAUUUUUAAGACUGAAUAUUUAAAAAACAUUUGUACCAUGGAGCAUAGGAGCAAAACAAAUGUGCCCUGUGCUUCUGGUCCAAGAAAGCUGGCAGUUGCUACUAAUGGUGGCCAUGACAAACAAGAUUCUCCAGUUGCAGCUCCAAUAAUGGCAAAAUUAACGUUUUAAACCUCUUUUGGAAAGUCUAAAUAACAAUACCAAUAAAUUUCAUUUUCUGAAAUGCCCUUGGUGAGAAUCUUCAUUAGCUUGAAAAUCAUGAGCUUGUUAAAAAAAUAAUAAGAUUUGUAAAAAUUCACUGUCUAGUCAAAAACGACAUUUUUAGUUAUUUCAAUAUUUUCAGAACUAAUGAGUUAUGAAGGAAAACCCAAAGUUCUAUUUUUAAAAAAAAUAAAGAUCACUGUCCUUAUUGAUAUAGUAACAGGCACAUUUGAGACAAAAGAUUGACACAGACAAAAAUAAUUUUUCUUAUACAUGUUUUCAACUUUACUCAAUUCAAUUUUUGUUGUUUUAAAUUAGGCUAGUCAAAGACUAACAAAUUUCUACUUUUAAAGUCACACAAUUUUAUUCCAACCUUGAAUUUUACAGAUUGAGAAAAGUGAACACACCAAUACUUGCAUUGUACUUCCACAUACAGCCUUUAUCUAGUGAUGCUAACAUUGAAGUGGGGAAUCUGAGUUCUCCAAUCAUUGUCAGUUUGCCCAUUCUAAAUGUAAGUAGUCACUAAUUAAUUCAAAACUGUAGUAAAAGACAAACUGUGGUGCUAAAAAUGUUACUUCAUGGAUUGUUUUAAAUUUAUUAAUAACUUAGAAGUUAAAUUGUAUGAUAGCCUUAAACCUAAUUUGGAUUACAUAUUAAUUACAAUGAAGGAUUUAUCAGGUUUUCAAAAUGGUUAAGGAAGAAUUGGGAAUGCAAUGAGACUCAAUAUAUAUUUUAUUUCAUUUUCCCUUAUUUUAGGUUAGUACACAUAAAUUUACAAUAAUUUGGCCUAGAGGACACAAUUUAGCUCAGGGUUUCUAAAACUUUUUGCAGUGCUGUACCCUUUCUGGAUUUUAAAAUAGAAAUGUCCCUCACCCCCAUCUUCAUUUCAAAACAUAUUUCCACACUCCACAUAAUAAAAAAUGCCACAAAAAAACACCAGAAAAAAUGAAAAUAAACCUGGUUUUCUUGGUCUUCCCACACACCUGUUCCUGUUAAGAACCCCUAGGGUGGAUGGUGUGAAUAUACAUUUGUUUUUGUUUUGUUGUUAAAUUGCUGUUUUUUAAUUAAAUAAAUGUUUGUUAUUUUUUAAUGUCAUGAUUAUGUUUGCUACUAUUUUUAUGUACAGUACGGUGAGUCCAGCCCAAAGGCUGGGGUACUGUGCUAUAUAAGACCAAUAAUAAUAAUAAUAAUAAUAAUAAUAGUAAUAAUAAUCCAAACAUCUAAGAAUUGUUAAAAAAUGUAAAACAUUGUAAAGUUAAAUGAUAUAGAAUUUUAGAUAUAUGGAUCAUGCACUAGACUUUGUUCAGUGCACCAUGUUUAUGUUUAUAUUCCUUUGAAAAUUAUGAGAGAAAAAAUGUCAUUUUCUUCUCAGACAUUCAAUAUUUCUAAUCCAGAAUGUGUCAGACUACGCCUCGGUGCAGGGUAAGCUAUCAUCAUCAUAUAUAAGAGGCCUAGAUUUUUAAAGUUUUUUUUAAAUUGUUCAAAGAAGGUUACUUUCUUGUCACUUAUAAAAUUUGCAAUUUUAAAAAAUUAUUUGACUGACCCAUUCCAACAUUUUCAGGCGAAAAAAGAAAUGGGGCUGGGAUAAAAGGUCUUGCACCAUGCACCGUUACACGGGCCAAAAAGGAAUAUGUGCGUGCUCUCAACCCGGUGUGUUUGCUAUUACUACAGAUAUGUUUGAUGAUAAUGUAAGGAAAACAUUCAUCUUAUUAAAUUUAAAUACAGCUUAGGGCUGGCAAACAUCAAAGGAUUAGAAAAUUAAAGCAAUUAAUAGGUUGUCAUUUAGGCAGACAUGUUCAACUUUUGGGAAAAAAACAUGCUAUUAAAAAUUGUUUAAAUAAUUUUUUUUUAAACCCAUUGUGAGAAAUUCAAAAUUAACUAUAUUUUGUUAAAAUAUAAGACCUCCUUAUGGAAAUCUGAUGACAAGGGCAUUCAAAUUCUAGAUGAUGCCUAGGAAAAUAGUCUAAAACAGAAUUUUUACUUAUGCAUUGGUUAGAAUAAAAUUUUCUGCAGUGGACAAAAAUAUUUAUUAUGACCAGAUUUACUGUUAUUUUACUUCUUUCAGUGGGAUAAGGGAGAUAAGCGGCCCAAGUUAAUGAACUUUGCCUCCUACUUUGGUUGUGCCAUGUCUGCUACACUCUGCCUUAUGGUCUGUGGAGUUCACACCUAUUUGAGGUAAAUUCUCCUUACACCCUCUUCCAAUGCUCUGAUCAGCUUUCCACGACUAAGACUCUCCAACAAUAAGCAAUAAUUGUUCAGAAGGGUCAACUAAUUCAAAUAUCACAAAUAUGGUGUACACUCAAUUCUCCCAAAAAAUAAGGACCAGGAGUUAGGAUAAGAUCAAAGGAAGCCAAGAUAAAAAAGUGAAAAUUAAUUUUUAAAAGUCCAGAUAAUUUAUGACACAUUAAAUCUGAGGACCAAUAGUCUGAAUCCAUCACAUGCAUUCAAAUUAGCUUUGCAAAUGUGUUAUGAAUUUCAUUAUUUCAUUUUUUUUUUACAAGUCGUUUAACUUGCGCACCUUUUUACACACCCUGGUUACAUUGUCAUAUUUGUUUAUUUAUUUAAGUUUCAUCAUUGGAAUGAACAAUUUUUAAAAGUUCAAUGUUUCUAUUACAACUCUUAUGGGAAUAGGUAUGAAUAGUGGUUAACAACAUGCCCUAGAAUACAAUUCUCUAUUUUAAGAUUUAUUGGUUUUUAAAUGUUCAAAUUAAGACGAGAUAUAUUUGAACUGUCACUCAUACCUGUUACUAAUGACAACGGUCAGACUGUCGCUCAUACCUGGUACUAAUGACAAUGUCAGACUGUCACUCAUGCCUGCUACUAAUGACAAUGGUCAGACUGUCGCUCAUACCUGGUACUAAUGACAAUGUUAGACUGUGGUUCAUACCUGAGUCUAAUGACAAUGUUAGACUGUCUCUCAUGCCUGCUACUAAUGGCAACUGUUAGACCUUCGCUCCUACCUGCCACUAAUGAAAACUGUCAGAAUGUCGCUCAUAACUGCUACUAACAAGACACCCAUUUCAACAGAACAUCUACCAGCACCGCAGCUCUUCACCGGAAUCUGUCUGUAUCCAUUGCACUAAGCCAACUUGUCUUCAUGUUCGGAAUAGACAGAUAUGAAACACCUGUGAGUUUGGUUUUGAAGUUUUAUUUGACAAGACCAUUGGGGGAAAACAUGUUUUUUCCCUUUCGAUUUUCAUUAAGGGUCUUAAUUAACUUAUUUCAUCGAACAUUCAUAUAGCCAAACAUUCAUAAAGCCAAACAUUCAUAAAGCCAAACAUUCAUAUAGCCAAACAAUGAUAGAGCCAAACAUUCAUAAAGUCAAACAUUCAUAUAGCCAAACAAUGAUAGAGCCAAACAUUCAUAAAGUCAAACAUGCAUAGAGCCAAACAUUCAUAGAGCCAAACAUUCAUAAAGUCAAACAUUCAUAGAGCCAAACAUUCAUAGAGCCAAAUAUUCAUAUAGCCAAACAAUGAUAGAGGCAAACAUUCAUAAAGUUAAACAUUCAUAUAUCCAAACAAUGAUGGAGCCAAACAUUUAUAAAGCCAAACAUUCAUGAAGCCAAACAUUCAUAGAGCCAAACAAUGAUAGAGUUAAACAUUCAUAAAGCCAAACAUUCAUAUAGCCAAACAAUGAUAGAGCAAAACAUUCAUAAAGCCAAACAUUCAUAAAGCCAAACAUUCAUACAGCCAAACAAUGAUAGAGCCAAACAUUCAUAAAGCCAAACAUUCAUAGAGCCAAACAUUCAUAUAGCCAAAAAAUAAUAGAGCCAAACAUUAACAGAGCCAAACAUUCUUAGACUCAAACAUUCACAGAGCCAAACAUUCAUAGAGCCAAACAUUCAUAGAGCCAAACAUUCAUUGAGCCAAGCAGUCAUGUAGACUAACACUCAUGUAUCCAAACAUUCAUAUAGUCAAACAUUCAUGUAGACAACACUCAUGUAGACUAACAUUCAUAUAGUCAAACAUUCAUAUAGCCAAACACUCAUAUAGCCAAACAUUCAUAUAGCCUAACACUCAUAUAGCCAAACAUUCAUGUAGCCAAACAUUCAUAUAGCCAAACAUUCAUGUAGCCAAACAUUCAUAUAGCCAAACAUUCAUAUAGCCUAUCAUUCAUAUAGCCUAACAUUUUGUCUCAGCCUAUGUCAUUUAUCUAUCGGAGUGUAUAUUUCCUUUGUCUAUUACAGUCUAUAUGUCAUUUGUCUAUUACAGUCUAUAUGUCAUUUGUCUAUUACAGACUAUAUGUCAUUUGUCUAUUACAGACUAUAUGUCAUUUGUCUAUUACAGUCUAUAUGUCAUUUGUCUAUUACAGAAUAUAUGUCAUUUGUCUAUUACAGUCUAUAUGUCAUUUGUCUAUUACAGUAUAUAUGUCAUUUGUCUAUUACAGACUAUAUGUCAAGUAUUUGCCAUCCUUCUCCAUUACUUUUUCCUGGCCACCUAUUCAUGGGUGAUGAAUGAAGCCUUUAACCUUUACAUCGUCAUCACAUACUCCGCCCAUAAUCCAAGUGACCUGACAGAUUCAGGAUCCAUGAUACGUUACUAUGUCUUAGGAUGGGGUAUGAAAACUGCAUAAGUUACAAAUGUUCACAAACACAUACAUAUAUAUUACCAUUGUAUAAUCAUGCAUAUGGAUAUUCCACCAUAAUAUAAAAACACUUAAUUCAAGCUUAACAUUGGUAUUAUUCAGCUAUAAUAUAAAAUUUUAAAAAAUAUGAUUCCAAAUAUUUUGUAGUAACUAAUUAAGUUCAUUGUUUCUGAAAUAUUUAAAUUGCCAUUAUUGUACAAUAACCCAAUUUUUAGUGUGGUAAUAUAUAUAAAUAAAUGUAUAAAAUAAAAAUUUUGCUUUUCCUACCUUUUGAGAAAUUCUAAAAUAUAAGAUUUGCAAAAAUUGAAUAUAUUUCAGUUAUCCCAGCCAUUUUGGUAGGUGCGUUUGUGGGAACAUCAGACCACUACAUUGCUCAUGAUAUGUAAGUAAUCAAAAUGAUUUUAAAUGAUGUUAAUGGCUAAAGCUAUUCAAGUUCUGCUAACCAUGCAUAUUUCAAACUACAGAAAGGAGGGCAAAUUAUGUCCCUUUUCAUUCUUGUAUAAACAAAAUUAAAAAAUAGAAUAGGCUUUAUCUAGGAAACUAAAGGAAUUUUAUUCACUUACACAGUGAAUCAUCCACAUUUAACCUGCUAACCUGAUAGCAAUUCGUCUACUAAUAUCAACAUUUUACUAAUAAGAUAUAAGACAAUAUUCUUUUAUUGGUCCAAACAAAUGGAAAUAUGUUUUGAUUGUGUUGUUCCUUUUCACCAUAUAAAUAAAACAAUUUGAAGACAAACAUCUACAUUAAAUUAUUUCACUGGCGAAAUGAACAGCCAUUCAGUGAACUCUCUUAGUCAUAUCAGGGACUUAAUAGUUCUCAUUUAGUUUUGUGACUUCUUGGGGAGUACGCUGGUAAAUUCAUACAGAUUGGGGAACAAAAGAAUUUUUAUAUCUUUCAGUCCUCGUCCUGAGAGAAAGAAUUUGUCCAGAAUGAGCUGAUCCUAAGUAUUUGUGAUGAAGAGGGUGGGAUGUUUCAUCCAAAAUUUGUUUGGUUUUUCAAUAACAUCUUUCUUCAAAUAGUUCUUCAAGUGAAGGAUGUUUAGUUUGUGUUAUGUUCCUAGCUUUCUUGAUUAGUCGGUUUAUUCAGUGUUUAAUAUGAGAUGAUGAAUUCCCACACCAGCAGGUAAUAUUGAAAUAAAAAUAGGCUUCCAAUUGUUGCACUUUAGAAUACAUUAACGACUUGUUUGUUUACGCCGAAAUUGUACAGUUUUUUUAAAGGAGAAAAGUCUUCGGUUGAAUUUUUGGCAGUGCUGAUGCCAUGUUAGCUUAUUAUUAAUGUUGACACCAAAGUACUUAUAUGCCUCUACUUUGUCUACACUUUGAUUUUUUAUGAUGAGAUCUGUAAUCUGGUGUUUCCCCCUCGGGAAAUCGACGACCAUCUCCUUUGUUUCUGAGACAUUCAGAUGGAGAAAAUUUUCAUUGCACCAAUUGAUAAAGCUUGUAACUAAGUUGCGGUAUAAGCCUUCUCCCUCAGAUAUUAAGCAAAGGAUGGUGGUAUCAUCUGCAAAUUUUAUGAUUGGAACAGUAUACAUUGUAAACAGGGCAGGGGAGAGAACGCAGCCUUUUUUCUAAUAUAAUUUUUUUUUAUAUCAUAAUUUUACUCAAUGAUUGGUGCUCACAAAGACCAAGGUUAAUCUUUUAUUUAAUAUUAAAAGUCUUAAGUUCUGGUCUAAGUAAGAUAUAGGGACUUGUAACUGUAGCAAAAAGUGUUUUUUUUUACAAUUCUCUCCCCUCAUAUCUGUUCUCCAGGUGCUGGGUUGCGCCAGAUCAUAUGUGGUUAUUCAUUGGACCUGCAAUAGGAAUUAUAUCUGUAAGUAAACUCAUAUAUUUUUCACUGAGAAAUAUACCUUUAUGUUUUUAUAAGGAAUAAUUAUUACACAUGAACUCUUUUUAAUCUUGCUAGUUUUUCUUUUGAAUUUCAGACUCAACUAUUUGAUAUAGAAUUCAAUUAACAUUUUAUUUACCUCUUACCUUAGUAAAGAAAAUAGAGAGAUUCCUUGUGUGAAAUUGUGUUGUUAAAUUUUCAUCAACUGUAUUUUAAAAGUAUAUUGAUAGUUCUCACUUUUCCCACAGAUCACAAUAUUAGUGUUGAUAUUCACAGCGAAGGAACACAAUGAAAAUUCCUACACCAAAAGUGAUAAAACCAAUAAAAUCAUCAAGUAAGUCCUAUCAAGUUUAGUAAGCCCUAUCAAGUUUAGUAAGUCAUAUCAAGUUUAAGACAUACUUAAAGAAUCAAAAAAAAAUGUUUAACAAUUUUUUAAUAAAUUUAAACAAAAUAAAAGAACCAACAAACAUAUUUAAAGAAGUAGAAGCUGUAACACAUUGUUAACCUUUAAGAUAAUAAAAUACUUGAUAACAACAUUUAUUUCAUGAACAGUCUAUUUUUGAUAUAUCAAAAAAUAUAAUUAUCUAUAUAUAAAAGAAACUAUUGAUGAGUUUCCUAUGGCUAGAUCUAGAAAUACUAAGACCACUGCUAUCUGUAUUUGAUAUGAUAAUGGCAGGUUUUCCAAUACCUUGUUUUAUAUCUAUGUAGUUUUGUUAAGUUUAGCCUUGCUCAUCUUUUAUUAUUAAAAAAGCUCCGGGCGUAUGUUUUUGGGGAGGUAAAGGUUAAAAUUUACAUUAUUAAUUGUCCCUGAGAUGCCAACUUAAGCCAAAUUGAAAGUAUUUAAUAAUUGUAAUAUCAAUAUGACACCUGCAGGGUUUGAAUUUCCUAUUCUAAAAAUGCACAAGCAAGGGGUGGCGUCUCCAUGAUAUAAAAUGGCUGGUUAUUUCUACGUGACAUAAUGACUAACGUAGUAUUACAAAGGUCAUAAAAGUUCAAAGUUUUCAUUGGGUACCUAUAAAAAAAUUUUUUUUAAUCUCGAUACCUGAUUUCAGACAUUUUUUAAUUGACAAAUUGGAUUGUGUACUAUCACAAUUCUAUUAUAACCCUAAGUAAGCAAACACGUAUACAGAACAAAGCGAUUUGAAUUUCCAAUUCUAAAAAUGCGGAAAUAGUUAAGUUCAAAAUCAAGCAAUUCAACAUUCCUGAUAACUAUGCUAAAUGUGAUUUCAAAAAUACCACAAGGUGCAUUUUUUUUUUUUAAUUUUUGCUAUAGGUAAUUCAUGGAAAUAGUUUAAAUUUAAAUAUGAUGUCAUAAAUCUAAGGUAUAAAAACUAAAAAGUUGGUGGGACAUUCGGAUAUGAAUAUAAUUCAGAGGAGUUAAUAAAGUGUGUGGUGGUGUACAUGAGGGUUUGGUGUACAUGAGGGUUUGGUGUACAUGAGGGGUUGGUGUACAUGAGGGGUUGGGUAGUACAACUUGGGAUUCUUACAAAGUUUGUUUCUUGAAUGUAUGUUUUGUCACCUAACUUUAUUUAAACAGUUUUUAAGUAUUAAUUUUAGUUUUAGAUAUUUAAACAGUUAUUUCUGGAAACGCUCAGUACCAAACUGUCCUGUAGCCCUUAACCCAAAACCUAAAUCAGUGUGUUAAUUCAAUCUAAUCGCAGCAUUCACAUGAAGGCUUUGUGGACACAGGUCAUCCUGAUCACCGUCUGCUGGGCAUUUGCUUUCAUAUCUUUAAAAAUCGUGGACACCAUUUUGAAAUAUUUAUUUGCGAUGUUUACUUCAUUGCAGGUGAGUUCUUAUUGUUUGGAAGUAUUAACAAAAUGUUUCAUUAACAUUUUAUUUUUUUAAAUAUUUUUUUGUUGUAAUUUUUAGUAUUAUUUAUCAACUUUAUAAUUUUUCUGAUGCUUUCCCUUGAACUUUUUAGCAAUAUUUAUUUUUUUAAAGUUUAAAUUAUACGUUCAUUCAAUGCCGAUGUACGUCACUGUGCUGCGUGCAAUAUAUGUGACUUAUCAGACUUAUCUCCAUAGCCGAUGUUCUCAGCCUAAGUUUGCACUUAAAAUUAUUACAUUAUCGUAGAAUCUAAACUAUAUGUUGCUAAUCAAGCUAACUGAAAAGGUGUUUUAAAGUCUUCUAUAAGGUUAGUGUUUGAAAACUGCAGUUUACUUGAUACUUUAACAUUAUUACCUACUGUGUCUUUGAACACAGGGGAAUAACCACUCCUUGGUUUAUACCAUUCCUAAAGAAAUUGUAUCAGUUGUUUCCCAUUGCCCCAAGCCAUAAAGGUGUAGUUUAUUUCUAAAAAUGUUACAAGUGUGUAUUGUCUUGAUAAUGUACGUUUUUUGUGUAUUACAUAUAUUUUUUUUUUUUUUUGCUCUUUAGUUUUCGUUGAUUAUAAGUCGUUUCAUAAAUUUAUUUUUAAGUAUUUUUUUAAAUCCAAACAUUUUUCUAGAGAGCAAUUUUCUUAUUUUUAUUUAAACUAAAGAUUUUUAAUUUUUUUUUUUUUUAUUUUUCUUUUUUUUUUUUUUUUAUUUAUUUUUUUUUUUUUUUUUUUUUUGCUCUUUAGUUUUCGUUGAUUAUAAGUCGUUUCAUAAAUUUAUUUUUAAGUAUUUUUUUAAAUCCAAACAUUUUUCUAGAGAGCAAUUUUCUUAUUUAUAUUUAAACUAAAGAUUUUUAAUUUGUUUUUUUGAUUUUCAUCAAUUUUUAUUUUUACCUCAGGGUGCUUUCUUUGUAGUCUUCUACAUGUUCCUACAUGAAGAGGUAAGUUAA